GCUCUUAUUCCGCCUAAGUUUCUCUACGGAAUCUGACUGCUGCCACAAAUGGCGACGCGUUACAUUACAGCAAUGGGGCAAAUGAACAAUCUGAAUGCGUAUGGUGAAGGUAAGCAGCUGCUGCACCAUGAGCUAACAGCGGAUAGUGGAGUGAAAGCUGAGCUUUUUGCAGACUACCUUAGGCAGGUUUGCAGAACAUACACAGGAGCACAAUCGACAACGAUCGGCGUCGUCGAAGCACCCGCGUCUCUUUCAGUCUACCGUAAAAGGGCUCUCCACCGUAGCCAUGUCUUACCUGACGAACUGAACGAUUUAUUUAAGAUGCUUUCUUCAAGACCACGAUCAAAAAACCGCUGCUGAAGGAUCAUCAGACUCUAAGAAAAAUGUGCAGGCUUACUUGUAUUUGCUGAACAUCGUGGAGGAGUUGUUGACGGACGUAGAUGACAUGGACGAAACGCAGCAGGCCAACGUCGAGAUUCGGAAAUUGGAGAGAGAGAUUGCGGAGUAUCAUUAUCAGUUAUCAGAACAAGCGUGGAAGAUCGUAAGAAAGUGCUUCAGCAAUGGUUGUAGUUGUUGAAAUAUCAUCCCGAUAAGCGUAAGCCUGGGGAAUCCACAGUUGUUGCGAAACUGGUGUUUCAGCAGCUAAAACAAACCAAAGAAGACUUCUUACAAACAAGCCAGACAUGAUGCCACGAUCCCUGCAAGGCGAUGGGUAUUGUUUUAAGCCUGCAGUUGUAAGCACAGAUGCAUCAAGGAGCAUCAAACACAACUACAAGCAACUGCAACAUGAAGAGCUCGAGUUUCUCAAC